AAGAGGCGCAUCUUCGAGUUUGCACAUUUUAGUUUGAAAGCCGGCCGCGGAGAGCGGGUGAUGUUAGCGAAUUUGCGGCGUUAGUACGGGAUCGGUGUAGUGGACGCGGGACUGGCGCCUGCCGCGAGAGGGACGCGCCCGGGAGGGCUCACUCCCGUCAUGGGAAAGGGAACACUUAUUUAUUUUUUGGCAUUGCUAGUAUUUAUACAAACUAGCGAAGUUAAGCCAGCAAACGAAACGAAGACUGACAAAGCGGAGAUACGCGAGGCCCGCACAGGCCGCCAGUACGGGCCUUACGGGCCCUUCGCGUCCUCAGAGAAUGAGGUCGUGGUAGACAUACAGGACGCCGAGAAGAAUCAGUAUUAUGAAACCAACUAUGACACAAGUGCAUACGGUUUCGGCUACGACGUCGGUCCGAAUGGCCAGUUCCACCACGAGAACCGUGGUCCGGAUGGUGUGACUUACGGUUGCUAUGGCUACGUCGACCCAGACGGCUACUUGCGAGCCACCCACUACGUGGCCGACAGCCACGGCUACCGGGUCGUAGAGCCAGAGAAGCCCAUCGAAGUAUGGCCCGAAGAGAAGCACGAGUAUGAUGAACAGGCUGCUAACGCGGUGACCGAGAAGGUUCCGGGCCAGAUCGUGCCAUGGGACAAGCUCUACUUCCCCAAGGGCUGUGGUCGCACUCCCGGCGGAGUGCCGCCCAAGCCGCUGCCGCCCAGGCCGCCGCGCCCGCCGCGCCCGCCUACCGACAGCACGGGGCAGACUAGCAACCCACAACCCGGCGUUACUCACCCAGGACAAGGAGGCUCAGGCGGUUCCUACGGCCCUGGAGGACCAUCAGGACCUGGUGGUCCCGGUGGGCCAUCUGGACCCGGUGGACCCAAUGGACCGUAUGGCCCUGGUGGACCUAAUGGACCCGGAGGACCUAAUGGACCUUACGGCCCUGGUGGACCAAAUGGACCUGGUGGACCUAACGGCCCUGGUGGACCUAAUGGACCUGGAGGUCCUAACGGCCCUAAUGGACCUGGUGGACAAGGCGGUUACUACCCAGGACCUCCCGGCACACCUGGUACACCUGGGUCACCUGGGACCCCAGGCAGCCCUGGUGGUCCUGGUGGACCCGGCGGCCCUGGUGGCCCUGGGGGCCCUAGCGGACCCGGCGGACAAGGACAAGGCCCUUACUAUCCAGGACAAGGCGGUUACUACCCUGGCACACCCGGAACCCCCGGAACCCCCGGUAGCCCUGGCACUCCCGGUUCUCCUGGCGGCCCAGGCGGACCCGGAGGCCCAGGUGGUCCCGGCUCAGGCGGUUACUACCCAGGAGGACCCAGUGGCCCAUCUGGACCUGGCGGACCCGGCGGACCUUCAGGACCUGGAGGCCCAAGUGGACCAGGAUACUACCCGGGAACACCCGGCACUCCCGGUACUCCCGGCUCACCCGGUUCACCAGGUGGACCCGGAGGCCCUGGCGGCCCAGGCGGCCCAGGAGGACCACCCGGUUCAGGCUACUACCCAGGUCAAGGCGGUUACUACCCUGGCACACCCGGAACUCCCGGAUCUCCCGGCACCCCUGGCAGUCCUGGCAGCCCCGGCGGCCCAGGCGGCCCAGGUGGCCCAGGCGGACCUGGUGUAGGCGGUGGAAGCUACCCCGGACAACCAGGAAAACCUGGUGGACCAGGUCAAGGCGGUUACUACCCUGGCACACCCGGAAGUCCCGGAUCUCCCGGCACCCCUGGUAGUCCUGGCAGCCCCGGCGGCCCAGGCGGCCCGGGUGGCCCAGGCGGACCUGGUGUAGGCGGUGGAAGCUACCCCGGACAACCAGGAAAACCUGGUGGACCAGGACAACCUGGCACUCCUGGUCGCCCCGGUACUCCAGGAUCACCCGGCACCCCAGGUUCACCCGGCACCCCAGGCUCACCUGGUACCCCAGGAGGCCCAGGCCAACCAGGAUACCCAGGCCAAACAGGACAACCAGGAGGCCCUGGAAAGCCUGGAUACCCAGGAACACCAGGACAACCAGGACAGCCAGGAAGUCCCGGGCAACCUGGACAGCCUGGUUACCCAGGACAACCGGGACAUUACCCAGGACAACCAGGACAGCCAGGAGGCCCUGGACAGCCUGGCACACCAGGACACCCAGGACAACCCGGACAACCUGGCUACCCAGGACAACCAGGUCACCCAGGAACACCAGGACAGCCAGGACAACCUGGCUACCCAGGACAACCAGGUCACCCAGGUCAACCCGGACAACCUGGCUACCCAGGUCAACCAGGUCAGCCAGGAACACCAGGACAGCCAGGAGGCCCAGGACAACCAGGACAACCAGGACAGCCAGGACAACCUAGCUACCCAGGACAACCAGGUCACCCAGGACAACCCGGACAACCUGGCUACCCAGGUCAACCAGGACAGCCAGGAGGCCCAGGACAACCAGGACAACCCGGACAACCUGGUAAACCCGGAACACCUGGUCAACCAGGCGGCCCAGGUCAACCUGGCUACCCAGGACAACCCGGACAACCUGGCUACCCAGGACAACCCGGACAGCCAGGAGGCCCAGGACAACCUGGCUACCCAGGACAACCAGGUCAGCCAGGACAACCUGGUAAACCAGGAACACCUGGUCAACCAGGCGGACCAGGACAACCAGGACAACCAGGACAGCCAGGACAACCUGGCUACCCAGGACAACCAGGUCACCCAGGACAACCCGGACAACCUGGCUACCCAGGUCAACCAGGUCAGCCAGGAACACCAGGACAGCCAGGAGGCCCAGGACAACCAGGACAACCCGGACAACCUGGUAAACCCGGAACACCUGGUCAACCAGGCGGCCCAGGUCAACCUGGCUACCCAGGACAACCCGGACAACCUGGCUACCCAGGACAACCCGGACAGCCUGGAGGCCCAGGACAACCUGGCUACCCAGGUCAACCAGGUCAGCCAGGACAACCUGGUAAACCAGGAACACCUGGUCAACCAGGCGGACCAGGUCAACCAGGACAACCCGGACAACCUGGUUAUCCAGGACAACCAGGACACCCAGGACAACCCGGACAACCUGGCUACCCAGGACAACCAGGUCACCCAGGAACACCAGGACAGCCAGGAGGCCCAGGCCAACCAGGACAGCCAGGACAACCCGGACAACCUGGCUACCCAGGUCAACCAGGUCAGCCAGGACAACCUGGUAAACCAGGAACACCUGGUCAACCAGGCGGACCAGGUCAACCAGGACAACCUGGUUACCCAGGAAAACCAGGACACCCAGGACAACCCGGACAACCUGGCUACCCAGGACAACCAGGUCACCCAGGAACACCAGGACAGCCAGGAGGCCCAGGCCAACCAGGACAGCCAGGACAACCUGGCUACCCAGGACAACCAAGUCACCCAGGACAACCCGGACAACCUGGCUACCCAGGUCAACCAGGUCAGCCAGGAACACCAGGACAGCCAGGAGGCCCAGGCCAACCAGGACAGCCAGGACAACCUGGCUACCCAGGACAACCUGGCUACCCAGGACAACCAGGACACCCAGGACAACCCGGACAACCUGGCUACCCAGGUCAACCAGGUCAGCCAGGAACUCCAGGACAGCCAGGAGGCCCAGGCCAACCAGGACUGCCCGGACAACCUGGUAAACCCGGAACACCUGGUCAACCAGGCGGCCCAGGUCAACAAGGAUACCCAGGGCAACCCGGACAACCUGGCUACCCAGGACAACCAGGGCAGCCAGGAACACCAGGACAGCCAGGAGGCCCAGGACUACCAGGACAACCCGGACAACCUGGUAAACCCGGAACACCUGGUCAACCAGGCGGCCCAGGUCAACAAGGAUACCCAGGACAACCAGGCCACCCAGGACAACCCGGACAACCUAGCUACCCAGGUCAACCAGGUCAGCCAGGAACACCAGGACAGCCAGGAGGCCCAGGACAACCAGGACAGCCAGGACAACCUGGCUACCCAGGACAACCAGGACACCCAGGACAACCCGGACAACCUGGCUACCCAGGUCAACCAGGUCAGCCAGGAACACCAGGACAGCCAGGAGGCCCAGGACAACUAGGACAACCCGGACAACCUGGUAAACCCGGAACACCUGGUCAACCAGGCGGCCCAGGUCAACAAGGAUACCCAGGACAACCCGGACAACCUGGCUACCCAGGACAACCAGGUCAGCCAGGAACACCAGGACAGCCAGGAGGCCCAGGACAACCAGGACAGCCAGGACAACCUGGCUACCCAGGACAACCAGGACACCCAGGACAACCCGGGCAACCUGGCUACCCAGGACAACCAGGUCAGCCAGGAGGCCCUGGACAGCCUGGCACACCAGGACACCCAGGACAACCCGAACAACCUGGCUACCCAGGACAACCAGGUCAGCCAGGAACACCAGGACAGCCAGGAGGCCCAGGCCAACCAGGACAGCCCGGACAGCCAGGUUACCCAGGACAACCAGGUCAACCAGGCGGCCCAGAUCAACCAGGACACCCAGGGCAACCCGGACAACCUAGCUACCCAGGACAACCUGGACAGCCAGGACAACCUGGUAAACCCGGUACACCUGGUCAACCAGGACACCCAGGAAUACCAGGACAGCCAGGACAACCAGGACAGUCAGGUUACCCAGGACAACCAGGUCAGCCAGGAGGCCCUGGACAGCCUGGCACACCAGGACACCCAGGACAACCCGGACAACCUGGCUACCCAGGACAACCAGGUCACCCAGGAACACCAGGACAGCCAGGAGGCCCAGGCCAACCAGGACAGCCCGGACAGCCAGGUUACCCAGGACAACCAGGUCAACCAGGCGGCCCAGGUCAACCAGGACACCCAGGACAACCCGGACAACCUGGCUACCCAGGACAACCCGGACAACAAGGACAACCUGGUAAACCGGGAACACCUGGUCAACCAGGCGGACCGGGUCAACCAGGAUACCCAGGACAACCCGGACAACCAGGUCAGCCAUCAACCCCAGGACAGCCAGGAGGCCCAAGCCAACCAGGACAACCAGGACAACCUGGUAAACCAGGAACACCUGGUCAACCAGGUGGCCCAGGUCAACCAGGAUACCCAGGACAACCCGGACAACCAGGACAACCUGUUAAACCCGGAACACCUGGACAACCAGGCGUCCCAGGUCAACCAGGAUACCCAGGACAACCCGGACAACCUGGCUACCCAGGACAACCCGGACAACCUGGCUACCCAGGACAACCUGGUCAACCAGGAACACCAGGCCAGCCAGGAGGCCCAAGCCAACCAGGACAGCCAGGACAACCUGGUAAACCCGGAACACCUGGUCAACCAGGCAGCCCAGGUCAACCAGGACACCCAGGACAACCCGGACAACCUGGCUACCCAGGACAUCCAGGUCAGCCAGGACAGCCAGGACAACCCGGACAGCCAGGACAGCCAGGUUACCCAGGACAACCAGGUCAGCCAGGAGGCCCUGGACAGCCCGGCACACCAGGACAGCCAGGACAACACGGACAGCCAGGUUACCCAGGACAACCAGGUCAGCCAGGAGGCCCUGGACAGCCAGGACAACCCGGACAGCCAGGUUACCCAGGACAACCAGGUCAGCCAGGAGGCCCUGGACAGUCCGGCACACCAGGAUACCCAGGACAACCCGGACAGCAAGGUUACCCAGGACAACCAGGUCAGCCAGGAGGCCCUGGACAGCCCGGCACACCAGGACAGCCAGGACAACCUGGACAACCUGGCUACCCGGGUCAACCAGGUCAGCCAGGAACACCAGGACAGCCAGGAGGCCCAGGCCAACCAGGACAGCCAGGAUACCCAGGAGGUGACUCAGAGGGCUCCCCGACUGGCACAGGCGUGCAGCCUCCAUACUACCCACCGCCUGCGGGACAAAUGCCUCCCUUCCCUAUCUACGUCAUUCCAUACCCACUGCCAAUCGUGCCCAGUCCCUCAACUUGUCCGUGCUACCUUCUAAACCCCGGCAAGAACGACUCUUCUGCAACGGCACCAGGCCAUCCCCAAGCGCCUCAAGCUCCCCCCUCCCAGGCUCCACCCAAUAGCAUGGCCCCGGCAUAUGCACCCUACGGCAUCAUAGGAUUCGUCCCAGUUGUUUUCGUCCCAUACUGUCCCGGCAACGCUACAGGAAUGAACUCGGCACAACAAAACUUCCCCAACGCUGUCCCAGUGCCGUACAACUGCGCUCAAUGUCAAGCGAGCAGCGACGUCUACAAAUACCUAGGCAGGUUGAACGGAGGACGCAGCGCUAACUUUGGCGACUUGAAGGAAAUCAAAUCCUUCACUGAAUUAGAAAAUCUCCUCAUGAACGAGAUUAAACCGAUGAAAAAGGGUUUACGUAGAAUAGCAGUGCGCUCCAGAGCACUUACCGGCGAAACGAACGAUAAGGCAAAAAAUAAGCAAUAGAUAUUUUGAUAGAAUUCCAUCAGAAUGAAAUGUUAUUAACAUAAGAACAAUUUUGAGAUUGCCCGAUAAUAUUGUUCUUGGACGAUCUCAAAAUUUUGGUACGAUGACGGGCCUUUAUUUAUAAAUAAUUUUAAGUACGACGUAAAAUAUCUACCUACCUACACAUAAAAAUGAGACGAUGUUGUACAAAAUUGUAUACUUGUAUAAAUAGAUGUACGUAUUCAAUAAUCUCAGUAAAAAAAUCGUCUCAAAAUGCAUUAUAUUCUUAUGUAUUUCAAAUUUUAUAAUGUGUACAAAAAUAAAUAUUCUGUUGCCAUUUUAGUAAAAUUUAAUGCCUCAAUAAAUAAUUUAAAAAUAA